GGUGCUAAGGGUGGUAGUAAAAUCUAUUCUGUACUUUUGUGACAACUCAAGGUGCUUUAGUCAAGACUAGCCUGUUAAAUGUAUCUUAUUUCCUUUAGGUCAGAAAUCUAUCGAAAGCUAGUCAUCCUUCUUUAGUCUCAAAAGUCCAACCUAAAUAUGACUUCUAAGCGCCUUCUCGAUAAGACCCUGGUCGGCACAAGGGUCGGUACCGCUUCAGGUCAAGCCGGCAACAUGAAGCAUGCAGGGAACACCACAGGGCACGGAGAGAAUGUCACGGCAAUGGAUUGCGGUGUAAUAUUGGAAUGCAAAAAUGGAAUCAUAAUGGGAAAGGUUUUGAAUGCGAAGCAUUUGGAUGAUGGUCCUUUGCGAGAACAUCCCAGCAAUGAUCUCAGUGAAAUCGAUUUGCCAUCAGGGAGAGAAAAACACUGCAAUUCGAAAAAGAUGGGCUAUAGUGGACAUGAUGAAGAAAGAGACACUGGGCCAGGAGGGGUCCUUAAAAGAAGUAGCCCUACUCAUCGCCUGAUCCUAAACGGGCAGAGGCUAGAAGACCAAAUGCACACAGAGCCUAGGACGGUGGUCCGAAGGGUGGAGGAAACGAGGUGUUGGCUGCCGUCAUGUGGUGCUGACCCAUCCCCCGAGGAAAAGUACCCCCAUGUGUCCUCACAUAUUCCCGUCCCACGGAACAGGAAGCCAUCAGGUCACGCUGAUAAAGAGGUGAUGGCAGCCACCGUCCUAACAACCCUGUCUACCAGUCCGCUGGUCCUCAACCCCCCCUCUGCAGCCUCAGGUGCAGUUCCUGAGCCAUCCAGCAGGGGCUGGAAGGAGUGUCUCUCAGCCAGCUAUAGCAGCUCCACCAGCGGAAACUGGAGCUGGGAUGCCAGCGACCAAUCAGUGCCCUCCACGCCAUCCCCACCCCUUUCCAACGAUGCCAGCAAGAGUUUCCUGCUCUCCUCCCAGGGUGAUGACAACAUCGAGGAAGCAGAGAGCACACACUUCCUGUUUGAGGACCCUAUUCCCCGGAAACGGAAGAACUCCAUGAAGGUGAUGUUUAAGUGUUUGUGGAAGAACUGUGAAAAGGUCCUCAGCACAUCCUCAGGGAUCCAACGGCACAUCCGCACUGUGCACCUGGGGCGAAACGGUGACUCAGACUACAGCGACGGCGAGGAAGAUUUUUAUUACUCUGAGAUCGAGGUGAACAUGGACACUCUGUCUGAAGGCCUGUCCAACCUUACCCCCACCUCGCCCACUACGGCCGGACCGCCGCCCGUCUUCCCCCCAGUCAGCGACUCGUCUCGCAGCGAACCCAGUCACAUGAUUAACUCCCCUCUCAGCCAGUCAGCACCCUCCACGCUGUGCCAUAUCCGCACUGACCACGCCUAUCAGGCCACUGCCCCUGUCAACAUUCCUAUGUCCUCCCAGCUGCUGCAGAGCCACAGUGGGAUGAGUGUGUCCUGGCAGUCUCCCCCCGUCAUAUUUAAAGGCUUACCGGGGCCUGUGACACACAUUCGCACUGUCAGCAUUGGGGAGAAGAGACAACCUGUGUCACACACCAGUGUCAACAAAAUCCACACCUCCAACAGCCUUACAACCAAACCCAGCACAGGAGCCAGGAAACCACGCGGUGAGGCCAAAAAGUGCCGGAAAGUGUAUGGCAUGGAGAAGAAGGAUUUGUGGUGUACGGCCUGUCGCUGGAAGAAAGCCUGCCAACGCUUCACUGACUGAGCCAAUCGUUUCACUUCUCACAAGACCUGACUCUUUCACUGGCAGUGUUUCACUGACUAACCCCACCCCUAUUCCCUUACAAUCUUACCAACAUGGACUCUUUCUGUUCGAGCUGAGCCGUGGUUGAGGUGAGGGGUCGCUCUGGGCCACAGCUGUCAAAAAGUCACUGCUUCCUCCUCACCACAAGAGGGAGCUGUGACCUUCUGAAAUGCUGACGAUGUAAUACUUGGAAAAAAAGUGCUAAAAAAAAUACACAAAAAAGCUAAAAGUGGAGAAAAAAAACAUCAAGGUAUAUGGCUUUUGCAGCUUUGUUGUACUUAUGCUGAAACUUUUUUUUUAAGAAUCAAAAAAGGCGAGAAAAAAUAGUUGAUUCAAAACUUUAAAAUAUUUGUUAUUUUUCAAAUUGAGCUUGUCUUCAUUUGAAGGCAGUGGUUGAAAAUUUCCGAUGUUGUUGUGUGUAUGAUAACACUUGGCGGUCUUUACUGGUCAAAAAAAAAUGUAAGCUAUUUUUUUUUUUUGUAUUGGACUAUUUGUACAGUUGACCUCUGCGUCUGCGGCUAAACUACCACAAGAAGUUUCGAAUGCAUGUCUGAAUUUGGGCAGUCUUUGGAGAAAUUGUUCCAGCUGUCUUUGUUGUAUUGAGGUCUUCAGUUGAACCAAAGGUUUAUCAGUGUGUCUGGAUGGAGGUCCAGAAAUGGAAAUGUUUUAGAGACUGGGCUUCCUUCAGCACUGUUUUUACACCAACACACACGAACACAAACACACACACUCUUCCACACAACUACACACACUUACACACAAAAUCACAAUUAUUCACUUUUGGGUAAUUCAGGCCACAGACCCACACAGCUGUCAUUUAUUGGGAAGCAAAUAAUAUAUCCGUAUAAACGCCAUAGUCUCUGCUUUAAGCAUAGCAAUUAAACACACAUCCACUUUCACUUUCAGGCACCAAAAAAAGACCAGCUGAGUACUUCAGAGCAGUAGAUGUCU